AAAGCAAUGCCAAGACCCACUGAAGGCACACUUAUAGCAAAGCAGUCAAGCCGUUAAGCAGCUAACAGAUAUUCCAAAGAAGAUUACAACUUGCAGACACAAUGGUGUAUAUUAUGCAAAUUUUGGUGCUAAUCACGUGCUGUGUUGCUAUAAACAUCGUUUAUGCCUAUCCAACUGAACAAAUCAGCUCACAGAGCCCAAGACUGAGUGACGACAGUGAAGUAGAAAUCCAGUUGCCAUUGACUGAAGCUGCUCUGCGAAAUCUCUAUAGAUACGAACGCACAUUGAACAGACUGCGACGAGCUGUGGCGGAGCUAGACUACGAGGAGGCAGCCGCUGAUGACAUGGAACUGGCUGAGAUAAAUGUGUUCCGUCCUCUGUUUCGUUAUCGUGCUGAGAUCGCCAGACAAGUGAAGAAUCCACAGCAACAGCCACAGCAAUUUGGCUGAAACCCAAAUUCAGAAUGCAGUUAGUUUAGUUUCAUCUCUCAUUCGUAUUCAAACAUUCUCAUCACGUUUUGUACCAAAAGUUAAACUUAAGCUAAAUAGAUAUAAAAUACAAUGAAAACAAAAGGAAACUUUCAAGUUGAUUAUUUAACAUUUAUUGUAGUCGUAGUAUAUAUAUUAUUAUUAUA